AUGUUGCUGUGGGCCGCCAUUGCCCUCGGCGUUGCCGCAUUCCUUCCCUCAUCACAUGCAGCGACGUCCUCGCCAUACAAGGUCACUCUCAUGUCGACAUCUGCAGAGCUCGACUUCUGGCCUAGCGCCAAUGGUAACGCUUCCCUCACAUGGAACGCCUCCUGGACUGGCACGCCAUGGUUUCAGUAUAUCCGCGAGACUGUGCCCAAAGGCAUGGGCUUUCAUUACACCACCAAGACUGGGUACGGCAACAAGUCUAAUGUCGAAGGUGAGGACGUGUGGGUCGGUUACACGUUUGUUGGCAGCCGCGUCGAGUACUGGGGUUACUGGGCAUAUCCAGGCCAGAUGGGCCAGGCCUCCGUCAACCUCACCGAUGACAAGGGCAACCUUCUCAAAGUAACAACGGGUCAAUCCGGCUACGAAACCAAUUCCAAGGCUCCCACCAUGCUUAUCGACUACGACUUUGACCAGGUGGGCAACUACAGCACGUGUCUGGUGCCCAACAGUGGUACUGUCGUCCUCACCCACGUCGUGGCGACUCUCAACAUUUCCGGCACUCCAGACGAGAUCGGCUACGCCGCUGCCAACCCCACCAACAUCUGGUUCUCGGACCUGGUCACCACCGGAGCACAGAGCUCUGUCAUCGGCUCCAAGCCUGACGCUGCUCUGAACGUCGCCUACACCAAUGGCAACUGGAAGCAAACCUACACGAUUGGUGCGCAGGGGAAUGGACCCGAGGUUGCAUACCCACGUAUCGGAUCGACAGACACCAACGCUCAGAUGAAGUUCAACAUUGGCACAGGCAACAUUUACGUGCGUAUCAACGGCACCAUGGCGUGGAACCACGGAAUCUUCGAGGUCAAGGUUGAUCCUGCGCCACCUGGACGUCGUCCUGUGGAGUCAUACUGGGGCUUUACUCCUUGGAGCGUCAUCAACACGACAUACUACCACACGGCCCUAGACCCCACACAGAACUACACCUUCACUUUAACCAACCAUAACUCUGAGGGCCAGGACCCGAGUUCAAUCUGGUUUGAGCCGGCGACUCUCACACUGUGGAAGACCGACAGGAUCAAAAGCAACAGCAAGACCAACAUUGGCGCUAUAGUUGGAGGUGCCGUCGGUGGUGUUGUCGGCGCUGCCGUCAUCGGAGGGCUCCUCUGGUUCUUCCUUCGUUGGCGCAUCAAGAACAGCCGCAAGGUGGAGGGUCGCCUUUCUCCGAUCGACGGUAUUGACGGCGACGGUGACGCCGGGUACGGCCCCUCUCUGACCCCCUACAUGUCGGAAACACAGCCCCUCUCCGCCGCGAGGCAUUCUAUGUUGACGGCAUCAUACCCGACGGCGCGCUCAUACUCCACGCCAACAGAGUCUGGCGACACCGACCGCACGUCCGAUUACUUUGGUGGCUCGCAAUACGCCAGCGCUUCUGCACAGCCGCAACCGUUCGCGGUCGGUUCUCGUCCUGUCAAGAGCGUUGCACCGCCUCUCACGGUUCGUCACCCGACACAGGCCUUCGACGCUGGGACGCUGCACGCUGUGAAGAACCCCGACUCUGAGGACGACAUGGUUCCACCGUCAUAUAACCCCGCAUGGGAGAAUUCGUCAACCGCGUCACUCGCACGUUCCGGCGGCCUGGGCGCGCCCCAGGUGCCCCAAGGUGCUCACCAGCGCAACACGAUCAUCCUCGACGAACCAAACGAGGUAGCCAUCAUCAAGGCUCAGUAUACUCGUCCCCCGCAGUAA